CUGGAGGUGAGGAGAGGAGGAGGAAGAGGAGGGGAGCAGCAGCGUUUCAUUCAGUGACAGACGUGACCGAGUGACUGAAAUCAGCUGUUUGACGGAGCAGACACGGCGUUCACUCCACUGCAGAGGAUGCCUUCUCUGUCCGAGCAGCUCCAGGAGGUACGGAGUCGGGCUGAAGUGGGUCUUUACUCAGGGGGCAGGGUGGUGGAGGUGCGAGCUGGAGUGAUGGCCAUUGCUAAUCUGCCUUUACCACCCUGCUCCAAAUAUCAACACAUCUCUGCAGAGACCAUGGUCAUAGAAAAUAGCUCUGGCAGCAACAGAAAGGAGACCCUCGCAUCGCUGCAGCGUUUGUCUACAGCACUGAACAUCCUGGAAAAGUAUGGCUGCAACCUGACUAAUCCCAACAGGCCAAAGUAUUGGAGAACUGUCAAACACAACAACCCAGUGUUCAGAGCCACCGUCGAUGCCAUUCAGGGAGGACGAGCCGUGUUGUGUCUCUAUGGUUACUCCAAUCAGCAGCCAGAUGGGCUCAGCUUCCCUGAUGAUGUCACUGAUCCUGAUGUGGGCCGAGUUGCUGCGGUAACGUUAGAGGUGAUGAGUCUGAGGAUGGAACUAGAAAUGCUUAUCAAGGAGACUCACCCUCACCCUGAGUUCUAUGAGAGAAUCAUUGCUACGCUGAGACACAAGGACGUAGGUCUAAAUACUGAUGCUGUGGUCUACCACUCCUCUGCCAUCUCAUGCCACUCUGACGGUCAGAGCAAGUCUCUCGCCUUCCCUCUGCACCAUCAGUCCACCAGGGGGAGCAGUCACAGCCACUCUCUGUCCUCCAACCACCAAGGUCUCAGGUCCAUUCAAGUCUUCUCCACCUCCUCAAACAAACACCCAGACAACUGUGCUAUCUGUGGAAUAUUUCGGAUCUCGGCACACUGCCUAACCUGUCUGCAGGGCCUCUGCUCAGAAUGUGACAAACUGUACCACUCUUCCCCCGAGAGGUCAAACCAUCGUCGAACAGCUGUCACGUCAUCAUCAUCAUCAUCGUCGUCAUCCAAAAUCCGGAGCAGUCACAGUUCUUCCACAUGGUGUUGUCUUCACUGCACUAAAGUCAACUCCAUCCAGGAUGUGCUGUGUCAGGAGUGUGAGCGUCCUCACUUGGAAUCCAUCAGCUCUAACAGAGAUGAAUCUCAACCUGCCACCAUCACUGAGUGGCAGUGUAAGAGCUGCACCAUGGUGAACGCAGCCAGCAGUAUUCUGUGUGAGGUGUGUGAACGACCACGUCUGGCCACAAGACCUCCGACCAACCCAUCACACCCACCAGUCACCCCACCAAGACCACCAGCACCAGUACUGGGCAUGCCCGGUGACCCUGACAGCCAGUGGGUGUGUCAGUUCUGUACCUAUCUGAACUACUCUCCUGCUACAGUUUGUGACAUGUGCAACCUGGCUCGUCCAGAACCCGCACCCCUCCCUGUUAAGCUUCGCCCUCCCUCUCCUGUCAGACGGGUCCCUGCCCUGCCAAUCAAACCCAAAGAACCUGCCCCCGAAGACCUGGACUCCUGGAGGCAGAGACUGAUGAAGGAGGAGGGGCUCAAGCUGAUUCAGCUGAUUAGAGAUGGAGAGAAGAAAGGGGUGAGUCCAGAGGAGGUGUACACCAGCAUGAGGGUAGCUGGGGACAACAACAUCCUGCCUUGCAAGUGGUUAAAGACAGAACUUCCUCUGCUCUUAGACCAGAUCAGAAUGCUGGUAACGACAUUCUCUCUUCAGUUUGAUAAGACCACAUCAGACAACAUGAACAGAUCGUGUGAAGCCUCUGAUGAGGACGCUCCUGCAGAAACAGAGUGUACGAUCCAGCUGUCCAGAGCAGAGGCCAAGCAAGGCUGGCUGACAGCAGGGGGCGACCUUGAGAGAGCGGCCAGACAAGCUCUGAGAGACAGACUCGCCAAGGUGAAGGAGCUUUGUGUGUUGGGUUUCACGGAUGAGGCUCUGUGCCAUGAGGUUUUGAGACAAAGUUGUGGUGAGGUGAGAGGGGCCCUGGCUCUGCUUCAACGGCCCUUGCUGGAGCCCUUUCACAACCGCAUCUGGAGUGAGAAGGCUGAGCCUCCUGUGGACAUCCAUCACCCAGACAAGCAGCGGAUAUGUCGGAGGCUACUGGCAGUGUAUGAUCUUCCAAGCUGGGGUCGAUGUGAGCUGGUAUUGUCACUGCUUCUGGAGCACAGUGCCCCCUACUCCCUGGAGGAUGUAGUGCAGGCUGUGCGAGAGUCCCAUGACAGGGAGUUUAUCAAGAGAGUGCUGGCUAAAGAGUGUCCCAUCUGCCUCUCUGUCUUCCCCCACAGCAAGAUGCAGUCUCUGACAUCAUGUCAGUGUUCAGUGUGCUGCGGUUGCUUCCAGCAGCACUUCACCAUUGCGGUCAGGGACAAACACAUCAGAGACAUGGUGUGUCCAGUCUGUUGGGAGCCCAACAUCAAUGACCCUGAGCACCUCAACAGCUAUUUCUCCACUCUGGACAUCCAGCUGCGAGAGUGUUUGGAGCCAGAAGUCUAUGAACUGUUCCAUAAGAAGCUGACAGAGCAGGCUCUCAUCAAGGACCCUAAGUUUCUCUGGUGCUGUCAUUGUUCAUAUGGGUUUAUCUAUGAUGGAGAUCAGCUGAAGGUUACCUGCUUUCAGUGUCGCAACAGUUUCUGUGCUCAAUGUAAAAAGCCUUGGGAGUCUCAGCACACAGGUCUGUCCUGUGAACAAUAUCAGUCAUGGAAGAGAGAGAACGACCCAGAGUAUCAGAAACAGGGCCUGGCUGGAUACCUCAGAGACAAUGGCAUCACUUGCCCUAACUGCCGUUUUCAGUAUGCAUUGUCUAAAGGAGGCUGUAUGCAUUUCUGCUGCUCGCAGUGUCGUUACCAGUUCUGCAGUGGCUGCAACAACCCGUUCCACACCACCUGUGCAGUGGAUGAGUGCAGUGUGUCGGGACUACAUGCUCAUCAUCCUAGAGACUGCCUCUUCUAUCUGAGAGACUGGGAACCUUCCAGACUGCAGGCUUUACUCCAGAAUAAUGAUGUGGCAUUCAACACUGAACCUCCUCCUGGAACACAGACAGGUCUGUGUGGAGUGAUAGAGCAGAAGGACGAGGGAGGACAGCAGCCAGAUUCAGCUUGUGGAGCCCAGACCCAAAAUGGACAUGCUGGACUCUGCGAGAAACAUUACCGCGAGUACCUGGUCAGCCUGAUCAACAGCCACUCAAUAGACCCCGCCCCCCUCUACAGCUCCAGUGAACUGCUGUUGGCAUGCAGGAGGUACAAGGUGGACGACAGUCGAAGGGAUGGAGAGGACGGCUUCACCUACUACAGCAGACUGCUGGAGAAGCUGAUGGUUGAAGUUCCACUGGGUGACAAGGUGCCGCGCAAAAAAUGAAGGUGGCCACUUCCUGUUGCCUCAUCUCCUGUCAUGGUGUGGUCAAACAAAACUGUUUCCUUCACAUUUUGGAUUUGUAAAUGUUUGCUCGUAAGCAGGAACGUGUUGUGUCUUUUUUCUCUGGACACGGAUUUUUGUUUUGCUUUGUUCUAAAUGUUCAUUUUAAUGAGCAUUUGUUCAGCAAUGAUGUGGUGUAAUGUAAAUAUUGUUUGUUUCAAUGAUCUUCAUUAAUAAUCCAGGGAGAUAAUGUAAGAGAGACACAGCUUGACACAUUCAGGCGUUCCUUAAAAUCCACUCUGUGCUUCAUCUGACUUAUUUACUUUUGCAGCUGUGAGCAUUAAAGAGGUUUCACAUAAACAUCAGCACAGAAGGGCAGAUUAUUAAAUAUCACAUCAAAUGAUACAUCAGGAAGUGUUUAAGAAUUAGAGACACCUAAUGGUGAGACUGGACUCCUACACUUUGCAGGAUUUUUAGCCUCAUUUUCAGCUUCAGAGUAAUUGUGACGAUUGAAUGUCUUGUUGUGGGGAGUAUAGACAGUAAGUUAGUGGAAAACCACGCUUGUUGGAUCAGGGCUGCUGACCCGGCGUCCUCAGAAUCAGAAGGUAACACUUAUUGCUUCACAACACUGCAUUAUUUUAGACGUUCAUCAUAGCAGAGGAAACAAUUGUCGGAGGAAGCGAGGAAGAGGAAAUGACUGUCUGAGUAAGUGAAGGGCCGGCUUUUUUGGGUCAUAGAUUCUGCUAAUAAAAGGUUUUCACACAUUGGGCCUUUAAUCUUUUCUUGAUAAUUAGAUCUCUCGUCACUGAAUUGAAUGAAACCACCUUUACACAACCUUGGCUGUUUUUAAUCAUCUCAACAUCUGCACAAAUGUAUCACAUCCUAAACUAUGACAUUUUUGUCAAAUUUUGGGCGACAUACUAAACUAUGACAUUUCGGCGACUUUUUGGAAGAUAUACUAAAUUAUGACAUUAUGGUGACUUUUAGGAUGACAUACUAAACUAUGACAUUUUGGUGACUUUUUGGAAGAUAUACUAAAUUAUGACAUUAUGGUGACUUUUUGAACGACAUACUUAACUAUGACAUUUUUGUCAAAUUUUGGACAACAUACUAAACUAUGAAAUAUUUGUCACAUUUUGGACGAUAUACUAAAUUAUGACAUUUUUGGUGACUUUUUGGACGAUAUACUAAAUUAUGACAUUUUUGUCACAUUUUGGUCGACAUACCUAACCCUAACCCUAACCCUAUGACAUUUUUGUCAAAUUUUUGGCGAAAUACUAAACUAUGACAUUUUGGUAAGUUUUAGACAACAUACUAAACUAUGAUAUUUUGGUGAUAUUAUGAACAACAUACUUAAGUAGGAUAUUUUGGUGACUUUUUGGACGAUAUACUAAACUAUGACAUUUUUGGUGACUUUUUGGACGAUAUACUAAAUUAUGACAUUUUUGUCAAAUUUUGGACGAUAUACUAAAUAAUGACAUUUUUGUCACAAUUUGGUCGACAUACUAUAAACUAUGACAAUAUUUCUAAAAUUUUGGACAACAUACUGAACUAUGACGUUUUUGUCAAAUUUGGACGACACUAAACUAUGACAUUUUUGUGACUUUUUGCACGAUAUACUAAACUAUGACAUUUUUGUCAAAUUUUGGACAAAAUACUAAACUAUGACAUUUUGGUGACAUUUUGGACAAUAUACUAAAUUAUCACAUUUUUGUCACAUUUUGGACAACAUACUAAACUAUGACAUUUUGCUGAGUUUCAGGACGACAUACUAAACUAUGAACUUUUUGUCAAAUUUUGGACUACUUACUAAACUGUGACAUUUUGGUUACUUUUUAGACGACAUACUAAAGUAUGAAGUUUUUGUCAAAUUUUGGAUGACAUACUAAAUUAUGACAUUUUUGUCAAAUUUUGGAUGAUAUACCAAAAUAUGACAUGUUUGUCAAAUUUUUUUUUGGGUCAUAGAUUCUGCUAAUAAAAGGUUUUCACACA